UCAACUAGUACAACAAAAAUGAGUGACAGAAAAAUCGUUCUAGUGACUGGCUGUGCCAAAGGUGGCAUUGGCUACGAAUACUGCAAGGCAUUUGCUGAGAAAAACUGCCGCGUGUUUGCCUCUGACAUACCAGCUAGGAUGCAAGACAUGUCAGACUUGGAGUCAGAUAACAACAUAGAGACACUUGAGCUUGAUGUGUCUUGUGAUCAAAGUGUGUCUUCAGCUGUGGCCACUGUUAUUUCAAAAUACGGUCGCAUAGAUAUUUUGAUUAACAAUGCUGGAAUAGGCAGUACAGGGCCAUUGGCUGAGUUGCCACUUGAUACAAUUAGGAAGGCUUGGGAAAUCAACACACUGGGACAACUAAGAAUGGUGCAGCAUGUGGUGCCACACAUGGCUAUGAGAAGAAGUGGGAGCAUAGUAAAUGUUGGCAGUGUGGUAGGAAAAGUGCCAACCCCUUGGGCAGGGUCUUAUUGUGCUAGUAAGGCUUCAGUGCAUGCCAUGUCAAACAGUUUGCGCCUAGAACUUAGGCCAUUUGGGAUCAACGUGGUUCUUGUUUUACCUGGCUCUGUGAGGUCAAAUUUGGGGAGGGCAAAUAUGGAGAAAUUGAGUAAUUAUGAGUGGAAGCUUUAUAAGGACUUUAAAGAGGUGAUUGAGGAGAGAGCUAGAGCUUCUCAGGGUGACAAAGCUACAGAUGGUAGAGUUUUUGCUAGACAUGUGGUUAGAAAAGUUUUAAACCCUAAACCACCUAAGCAAAUUGUUUUUGGUCACAUGACUGGUUUGUUUGCCUUGCUCUCAUGGUCUCCCCUGUGGGUGAGAGAUCUGUUUUUCUCAACCCGUUUCGGCCUGGGAAAAAAAGUUUAAUGUUUUUUAUCACUUUCUUUGUGAUCAAACUAUUGCACCACUGUUUACUGUUUAUGUAAAUGAAUAAUAGGCAGUUGUAUGUUUUG